AUGGCUAAUGGUGUUACAAACCAGGAGGGGGUGCCUGAAAACUUGAGGAAACAGCUUGCAGUGGCUGUCAGGAGUAUCCAGUGGAGCUAUGCAAUUUUCUGGUCGUUAUCAGUUACACAACCAGGGGUACUUGAAUGGGGUGAUGGUUACUACAAUGGAGACAUUAAGACUAGGAAGACUGUUCAAGCAAUCGAGCUUAAAUCUAAUAAAAUAGGCCUACAGAGGAGUGAGCAACUGAGAGAGCUUUAUGAAUCUCUGCUGGAUGGUGAAACUGACCAAACCAAGAGGCCUUCUGCUGCAUUAUCUCCAGAGGAUCUGUCUGAUGCAGAGUGGUAUUACUUGGUUUGCAUGUCCUUUGUAUUCAAUUCAGGACAAGGCUUGCCAGGAAGAGCAUUAGCAAAUGGUGAAACCAUAUGGUUAUGCAAUGCUCAGCAUGCAGAUAGUAAAAUAUUCUCCCGCUCAUUGCUUGCAAAGAGUGCAUCUAUUCAGACUGUGGUAUGUUUCCCUUACCUUGGAGGUUUGGUUGAGCUUGGUGUAACUGAACUAGUUCCGGAGGAUCCUAAUCUUCUUCAGCAUAUUAAAGCUUCCUUGCUGGACUUCUCCAAGCCUGUUUGCUCUGAGAAAUCUUCCUCUGCUCCUCAUAAUGCAGAUGAUGAUGAUAGAGAUCCUGCUUGUGCCAAGGUUGACCAUAAGAUAGUGGAUUUGUUGGACUUGGAUAACCUCUAUUCACCUACGGAAGAAAUUAAAUUUGAUGAGGAGAAAUUUAAUGAAUUACAUGAAAAUAUCAAUGAAGAUUUCAACAUCGGUUCCCCUGAUGAGUGUUCAAAUGGCUGUGAACAAAAUCACCAGAUGGAAGACUCAUUCAUGCUUGAAGAUGUGAAUGGUGUUGCUUCCCAAGUUCAAAGUUGGCAUUUCAUGGAUGAAGACUUUGGUAUUUUAGAAAAAGAUGCUAUCUCUUCUCCCCAGCGGGGAAGCGUAAGCCAUUCUCAUUUUAAAGAACUUCAAGAUGGCAAUCACACAAAACUAAGCUCUUUGGAUCUUGAAGUUGGUGAUGACUUACACUACAAAAGAACUCUUUCUGCUAUUCUCGGAACUUCAAAUUGGUUGAUCAAAAGCCAAGGUUUUUGCACUUGUGGCUAUAAAUCUAAUUUUAUCAGUUGGAAGAAAGGAGGAAUGGCAAAUUUUCACAGACCAAGGGUAUAUCAGAACAUAUUUAAAAAGAUUCUAUUUGAAGUUCCUCUGAUGCAUGGCUGUAGUUCUCUUAUGUCUCAGAAGGAAAAUGGUGGGAAACAUUGCCUUGGCAAAUUGAAAAAAGAUGAUGAUAACAGAGGAAGUGGUUUACUUGAAAAAAGAAGAGAGGAAGAGAAAUUUCUGGUCCUCAGGUCCAUGGUUCCUUCUAUCAGUGAGAUUGACAAAGCAUCAAUUCUGAAGGAUACAAUUAAGUAUUUGAAAAAGCUGGAAGCCAGGGUAGAAGAGUUGGAAUCUUGCAAGGAUUCAGUGGACUUUGAGGCAAGGCCUAGAAGGAAUUGCCUCCUGGAUGUGGCGGAGCAGACAUCGGAUAACUAUGAAAACAGAAAGGUUGACAAUGUCAAGAAAUCCUGGAUGAACAAGAGGAAGGCCUCUGACAUUGAUGAAAGCCACGAAACUGGCUCAGAACUAAGUAGGGUUAUUCCUAAAGAUGGCCUUACAUCAGAUGUGAAAGUAAGCAUUAAAGAGCUGGAGGUUAAAAUUGAAAUAAGAUGUCCUUCCAGGGAAUUUCUGUUGCUGGAUAUCAUGGAUGCUAUAAACAGCCUACACUUGGAUGCCCACACUGUUCAAUCAUCUACUCUCGAGGGUUUUAUCAUGGUAAACUUGAAAUCUAAGUUUCGAGGAGCAGCAAUUGCACCUGCAGGGAUGAUCAAACAAGCACUUCAAAGAGUUGCAACUAGGUGA